AUGAAAUAGUUUGUCAGCCCAUAGGAUAUGCUUAAUAAAUUUAGAAAUCCUCACGAGAUUUACACAUAACAAACCGAUUUUUAUUAUGAUCCAUAAAGCGAUGCAAACAUACCAAAAAUUUUACAAGUAUUACUAAUUUUAAGCAAAAGCAAUCCAUCAAUUUUUUUGAUGAUGAAAUAAGUAAAAAAACAAAAGAUAAAUUAAUAGAAGAGUUAAGAUAGAAUAUUAUACGUUGGUUAAAACUUUAUUAAUCAGUUGAAUAAGAAUUUGCAGGAGAAUUAGCAGUUUUUGGUUCAUAUAGAUUUGGAGCCAAUGGAAAAGAUAGUGAUAUUGAUUUAAUUAUCUUGGCCCCACCUUAAAUUGAUAGAGAACUUCAUUUCUUUUAACAAUUACCUUCAAUAUUGAAUUCUAAUUCAAAAGUGACAAAUUUAUAUUGUAUUCAAGAAGCUAUGGUUCCUUUGAUUCGAUUUAAAUUUGCAGGUUUACUAAAUUUCAUACUAUAAUUUAGGAAUAUAAUUUGAUUUGGUAUUUGCAUGUGUAAAAAAAAUAAUGAAACCUUUAAGUUAAAGUGAUCCAGUUGAUGAAAAAUCAAGUAGAUCUCUAAAUGGAUUAAAAGUAAGUGAUUAUUUUUCAAAAUACUGUCAUUAAAAAUCUUAUUUGUCAUUUUUAAAGUUUAUAAAAGCUUGGGCAAUUAAUAGAGGUAUUUAUGGAAAUGUAAUGGGUUAUUUGGGAGGAAUAUCAUGGUAAAUAUUAACUCAUAAAAUAUUUUAAUUAUAUCCAAAUUAUAGUGUUUAAGGAUUGAUUGAAAGAUUCUUUUUUAUUUUUUCUUAAUGGAAAUGGAAUGAAUUACCAGUUGUAAUUUAAAAAUGUGAUGAAAUUUGGAGAAAUUCACUUUUUGAAUAAUAACAAAAAUAACAUAAUGUAAUGACAAUUUUAACUCCUGUUUAUCCAUAUAUUAAUUCAGCUUAUAAUGUUUCUAAUUGUACAUUUACAAUAAUUGAAGAAUAAUUAAAAUUAGCAAAUAUUAUUAUGUAGAAAAUUUGCUUAUCUGAAUUAUAAUGGGUAUAAUUAAUUAAUUAAAAUAGUCUGACUUACUAAAAAAGAUAUAAUUUUUUGAUAUUUAUUACACAUAUUUGUAAAUCCGAGCAUUAUCUAAGAAUAAAGAUGAUCUAAUUUAAUGGAAGAGUCAUAUUGAAUCUAAAUUAAGAAAAUUAAAUAAAAUGUUAGAUGAAGGUGAUGUUAAUAAAGCAAUAGAAUUUCAUCUCUAUCCAAAAAGUUUUUAAACAGAUUAUGUGUAAGGAGAUGAAAAUGAUAUUCCAGGAUCUCUUUUUAAUUUUAGUGAAAGUUUUUUUUAUGGGAUUAGAAUUAAGGAUGAAGAAUUAGUAAAAGAAAAACUUGAUAUCGAAAAUAUAAUUAGAUAAUUUUGCGAUUGUCUUGAAGGAUAGAAACCAUAUUUUAGAGUUCCAGAGAAUCUUAAUUUAGAAAUUAAAGUAAUUUAAUAUUAAAUAAUUAGUCAUUACAUAAGGAUUAAAUUCCAAAAAAAAUAAAAUCUGAAUUGUGA